UAACGCGAAAUAGUGUUUGGAUUUUGCAACACUAGCAAACAGCGGCGCUGCUAAUAACGACGGCUGAGCGGAGAGACUGCAUAAGUAUUCUUUAUUUUCGCCACACUCCAAAAUAAUUUAAAGCACACACAAGAUGUCGUUUGUGAAGAAUGCUCGCCUGUUGGCCGCCCGCGGCGCUCGUUUGGCCCAGAAUCGUUCGUACUCCGAUGAGAUGAAAUUGACUUUUGCUGCCGCUAACAAAACGUUCUACGAUGCCGCCGUCGUUCGUCAAAUCGAUGUGCCAUCGUUUAGCGGCGCCUUUGGCAUUCUGGCCAAGCAUGUGCCCACCCUGGCUGUGCUCAAACCCGGCGUCGUCCAGGUGACCGACAACGAGGGCAAGCUGACCAAGUACUUUGUGUCCAGCGGCUCUGUGACCGUCAACGAGGAUUCCUCUGUGCAGGUGCUCGCCGAGGAGGCUCACAAUGUGGCCGACAUCGAUGUGAAUGAGGCCAGACAGCUGCUUUCCAAAUACCAAUCAGAGCUCAGCUCAGCUGCCAGCGAUAAGGCCAAGGCGGAAGCUGCCAUCGCCAUCGAAGUUGCUGAGGCGCUUGUCAAAGCUGCCGAAUAAAAACAAAACAACCAACCCUAUAAACAAUUAACAUAACAACAAACAACCUUACACCAACAACAACAACAUCUGCUUACAAUUGUGUUUAAUAUAAUUAAAACAUAACAGCAUUGUUAUGAAACAAUAAAAACAAAAGCGAAUGAAUAUAUGUAA